AUGGAACAACUUUUAGUCCGUUGCGCAAACGCAAUCGAAAGCAAUGAUGCAACUCUAGCCCAGCAAAUCCUUUGGGUCCUAAUCAACAUUGCACCACCUGAUGGUGACUCCAAACAGCGUCUAACUUGUGCUUUUCUUCGGGCUCUUAUUGUCCGAGUAGCCAAAAGUGGAACUUGCAAAAUGCUCGCAGCAAUGUCCAAUGCUCGAUGCAACUUGUCUAUGACUAUCCAUACCCACACUUUCUCCAUCAUCGAGUUGGCUAACUAUGUCGACUUAACCUCGUGGCACCGGUUCGGUUUCACCGCAGCAAAUGCGGCAAUACUCGAGGCCGUCAAAGGGUAUUCGGUCGUUCACAUUGUUGAUAUAAGCUCGACACAUUGCAUGCAAAUCCCCAGAUUAAUCGACACCAUAGCUAAUAGACUCGAAGGACCACCAAUGGUGAAUCUUACAGUUCCUGGUGAUUCAAAACAGUUGCCCGCAAUGGUUGAUCUUACGUAUGAAGAGUUAGGCUCGAAGUUGGUUAACUUCGCUUGGUCACGCAAUGUGAUGCUGGAAUUUAGGGUCUUCCCUUCAGCUCACGCCGAUGGAUUCGCUUCGUUGAUCGAUCAACUUCGUCUUCUACACCUAGUAUAUGCGGAAACUGGUGAGGCUCUAGACCUAGAUAUCAACUGCCACAUGAUGCUUCAUUACAUACCAGAAGAAACUUUAUCUCCUUUACCUAAUGCAAACUCGAUCCCUUACACUUUCCAACUGUCAUCGAAUCAAUCGAUGUUUCUAAAGGCGCUUCGCGGAUUAAACCCGACGAUGGUUGUUCUGGUAGACGAAGAUCCGUCUUCCGCAACAGAAGAUGCCGAUUUAACAUCAAAUAAUGUGGUGUGCAGAUUGAAAUCUGCAUUAAAUUAUCUAUGGAUACCGUACGACACAGUGUAUAUGUUUCUGCCAAAGGGAAGCAAGCAAAGGCAAUGGUAUGAAGCCUAUAUAAGUUGGAAGAUAGAGAAUGUCGUAGCUAACAAGGGUCUGCAGAGGCGGUGGGUGCAACGGAUGAGGAAGGCGGAGUUUAGAGGAGUUGGGUUCAGAGAAGAAGGGAUUUCGGAAGUGAGGAGGAUCUUGAUGAAUAUGCAGCUGGAUGGGGAUUGAAGAAAGAAGAAGAUGAUAUUGUUCUUACUUAGAAAGGACAUAAUGUUGUAUUUGCCACUACUUGGGUGCCUGCUUGAAGGGUUUUUUUCUUAAAAAUGUAUAUAUUUAUUAUGUAAUGAGUUUUUCUCUUGUAUUAAUCUCUGA